GGAGGAAUUAAAAUUGUGAAUUAUUAUGUCGUGCCGUGUAAGUUUAGUAUUGUUUGUAACUUUGACAAUUGUCUGUAUCGGAUACGGAGACAUUUAUAUGCUACCGGCGACGGUGCUCAAAGAUCAUCCUGGCAAAUGCUUUUUCGAACCUACAAAAAAAUUCUACGUCCCAGGUGAACCGUUUGAUCUCAAGGAUGAAUGCGCUAGACUGACUUGCGUGCAAGGAGCCAAAGAACUAGAAUAUUACGGAGAAAAUUGUUCAAAACCGAUACCGCCUCAUCAAUAUUGUGACUUCGUACCAGAAGAUCAGAGUAAACCUUAUCCAGAUUGCUGUGAAACUUAUGUUUGCUGA